UUGAGACUCGAUUUCGGUAGUGUGGUAAACACGUGCUGUACGCAUUAUUCCUGCUUGAAUUGAAGUAUUUCCGUGAUUUUCGGAUCGUUUCUUUACAUAAAAUGGGUAAAAUAAAGGUAGAGAAACCCGACACUGAUGCGGACACCUCAGUCGUCAAGGAAGAGGACACUUACGACGAAAAAUUACGAAAUGUGAACGCUAUCUCCCAGCCGAUGGCGUCCAAGAAGCUGACGAAAAAAAUCCACAAGCUAAUCGAGAAAGCGGCCAAACACAAAACCUUCCUCCGCAAUGGAUUGAAAGAUGUCCAGGUCCGCCUCCGAAAGGGUGAAUCCGGAUUGGUGGUCUUCGCUGGUGAUGUGACCCCGGUUGAAAUCAUGUGUCACUUGCCGGCCGUUUGUGAGGAACGUAAUAUUCCUUACUGCUACACUCCCAGCCGAAAGGAUCUCGGAGCGGCCAUGGGAGUUAAGCGUGGUACAGUAGCGAUGCUGAUCCGCGAACAUCCCGAAUAUCAGGACUUGUACGAUAAGUUAAAGGUGGAAUUAUCGGCACUACCGAUCCCGUCUUAAGAAGUUGCGCGACCUAGUUGGUAAGAAUUUAGAGUUUAUCUUAAACUUCGAACUUGCAGGAGCGUACCUACGUUAAUACUAGACGUACACUGCUGCUUUGAAAUCGAUAACUAUAGCUUUUAUUUUUAAUGAAUUGAGUUCAAUACAUUGACCAGUUGAACUGAUUUGAGUUUUUCAA